GGAAACGACCCAAUCCUGGAGCCGGGCUGUGGGCGGGGGCGAGGACAAAUGGCUCAGGUGGGCUCCUCGCUCGUUGGACCGCUUUUGGAGCUUGGCUGCUGCCGCCGGGGCUCCCGCUGGUGCUGCCCGCUGCUGUGCUGGGGAUCCGGUCACCAGGCAAAAAGCUUUCUCGGGUUGGAGGGAAGUCAUGAGCCGUUUCUUGAAUGUGUUACGAAGCUGGCUGGUUAUGGUGUCCAUCAUAGCCAUAGGGAACACGCUGCAGAGCUUCCGAGACCACACCUUUCUCUAUGAAAAGCUCUACACUGGCAAGCCGGAUCUUGUGAAUGGCCUCCAAGCUCGGACUUUUGGGAUCUGGACACUGCUGUCAUCAGUGAUUCGCUGCCUCUGUGCCAUCGACAUCCACAACAAGACGUAUGCUGUACCACAUCACACUCUGGACCUUCCUCCUCGCCCUGGGGCACUUCCUCUCCGAGCUGUUUGUCUUUGGGACUGCAGCUCCCACGAUUGGCGUCCUGGCACCCCUGAUGGUGGCAAGUUUUUCAAUCCUGGGUAUGCUAGUUGGGCUCUGGUACCUAGAAGUAGAGCCAGCCUCCGGACAGAAGAAGAGAAACUGAGGCCAGCGUCACCACCUCCGAGAUUUCGUCUUCUACCGUUACUGUCCCCUUCCUUCAUCUUCCCUCCUCUUUCAUUUCUUCUUUUCUGUACCAUCCUGAGCCCCCUUACCCACUGCUAGCCUUUUAGGUUUGGGGUUUUUCUUACAUUUAAAAAUUUGUAAGAUACAACCUUCAUACAGAAAAGUAUAUAACAUAUACGUACAAUUGAAAGAAUCAUUUUAAAGUGAAUACCCUAUACCUUCACCCAGAUCAAGAAACCCAGUGUGUGCCCUUCCCCCACUGACAGCCUCUUCGAGGCUCCCUUUCCCAGCCCUCAGCUUCUUCCCUUUUCUUUUCAUCCCUUCAUCUGACUUAUAUGGUGGGAACAUGUGAACUAUGAAACUUACAGCUGCUGCAUCACCCAGAGCAGCUGCCACCAAGGGCUGCUUCAGGAGGUCACCCUUCCAGGCUGGGCUCCUCUCUGCUACUGGACCCAAGACUCUGAACCAUCUGAGGAACAGGCAAUUCUAAGAAGGGCUCCCCUGUGAGUAAGCAUGGCUUAUAUGCUUGUGUCUACAAGUGGAUCAGGGUUGGAAGAGUCUGGGCUGUUUUUAGACCUUUUGGUCAGCUGUAUUUGUGUAACAAAUUUUGUAAUAAAUAGAAAAACCCUCUGCUCGGA